UAAGUUUUAAUUUCAUUUAUUUAUUACUCAUUCAAAAGUUGAACGGAUUAACGAAUCUUACCGCGACGACCACACACGCGUUUCUUGGUAUAGGUAUAGAGCGCGCGUCGCAGCCGACGCACUUUUCCUUAACCAAAACCUUGAUGGGACGUCUUUUGCGAUUAGAAGUGGAAAAUUUUAAGUCCUAUAGAGGAUGUCAAACGAUAGGACCCUUUGAAGAUUUCACAUCAGUCAUUGGACCGAAUGGCUCAGGAAAAUCGAAUUUGAUGGAUGCCAUCUCUUUCGUUUUAGGUGUGAAAUCUUCCCAUUUGAGAUCAUCAAAUAUUCGCGAGCUUAUUUAUAGAGGAAGAGUUAUGAAUAGUCAAGGAUCUGCUUCUUUCGACGAUUCUGAAACUCCACGUAGCGCAUAUGUAAAACUGGUAUAUGAACUAGAUGACGGUGAAGAACGCGAAUACAAACGCGUUAUUACUCCUAAUGGAGGUACUGAAUACAGAAUAAAUGAUAAACCUACUCAAUUUUCGGAGUAUUGCAAGUCUUUAGAAGAACAGAAUAUUCUAGUUCGAGCCAGGAACUUCUUAGUUUUCCAAGGGGACGUUGAAGCGAUAGCUUCGCAGUCUCCCGCUGAUCUUUCACGUUUAAUAGAACAAAUAUGUGGUUCUUUAGAAUAUAAAGGUGAUUAUGAAAAGUAUAAACAAGAGCAAAAUUAUGCCGUUAAUCUCUCAGCGCAUUCGUUCAACAAGAAAAGAGGCAUAAAUGCUGAAAUUAAACAAUAUCAAGAGCAGAAAGCCGAGGCCGAAAUUUAUGAAAGUAGGAAAGAACAAAGAGAUAUUGCUUCGUUAAUAUUUCUAUUAUGGAAAAUGUACCACAUUGAAAAAAGCAUUGAUUCCAAUAGAAAAGAUAUUGAGAACUUUAAAAACUCUGCUAACGAACUCACCAAACGUCAAGAAACGUCUUCGGCUAAAGUUGAUUCUUUGCGAGAACAAGAAGGUGCAAUUCAUAGACAACUACUUUUAUUUGAUAGAAAUGUUUGUAAGCAGGAAAAGUUUAUUGCGUCUAAGCGACCAGAAUUAAUUUCCCUUGCUGAAAAAGCAUCAGAAUCAAGUGUGAAUUUACAAAAAAUUCAAAGAAAAGUUGGCGAAGUUGAAAAAGACUAUGCUUCUCAAUCUAGUACUUUACAAAUGCUAGAGAAUCAACUUGCAUCACUAAUUGUAGCUGAAGAACAACUGACUCGAAAUAUUCACGAGCGUGAAGAACAACGUGGCCAUAAGCUUUCUCCCGAAGAUCAGAAGGACUAUGAUAACUUGCGCAAUCAAGCGGAUUUGCAAAACUCGAAGACUCUUACUCAACUUCAAUCAUUAAACCGUAAAGUGAAAGUUGCAUCCCAAGCUAAGAAUGCACUAGCGGAAAUAGUUGAAGAUUUGAAAACAAGGAAGUUGCAAUUUAAGGAAUUGAUUAAUAGCUUAAUAGAAGAGAAAGAUGCUCUGAUAGCUGAGGUCAAUCGCCGAAUUGAGGAAUUGGAGUCUGUUCGUCAAUCCAUACAGCAAAAACGUGCGAAUUACUCUCACUAUUGCCAGCAAGAACGGGAUCUCAAUGAUGAGCUACACACUUGUUUACAGAAGCUACUUGAAGCCAACGCUGAUAGAAAUGAAUCAAAUCAAGAUAUUAAGAAACGAGAAGCGCUUUACGCACUAAAGCGCAUAUAUCCUGGAGUCAAAGGAAGAGUUAUUGAUUUAUGUAGCCCUACACAAAAGAAGUACGAGAGUGCUCUCAUUGCUGCUUUAGGUAAAAACUUCGACGCCAUAGUGGUUGGAUCACAAGCUACUGCGAAGGAAUGUAUUGAUUACAUUAGGGAGCAGCGCAUUGGCGUAAUGACUUUCCUUCCAAUGGACACGGUUGCUGUCAAACCCGUAAACCAAAGUUUUCGUGGAACGCACGCAGGCGCUCGCUUGGCCAUUGAUGUCGUAAACUUUGAGCCUCAGUACGAGCGUGUCAUCGUAAGUGCCCUGGGAAAUACGUUAAUUUGUGAUAAUUUGAAUAUUGCCCGAGAUUUAUCUUACAGUAAACAUGCCAACGCUAAGACAGUUACCUUGGAGGGUACCGUAAUCCAUAAGACUGGAUUGAUUACUGGUGGAUCUUCUAAUACAAGAUCGGCGAAACGUUGGGAUGAUCGUGAAAUCGAACAGCUCAAGCAAACUCAAAAUAAUUUAAUGGCACAAAUUGAUAGAAUACAGAGCGAAAAAUUGGCGUCUUUGGUCGUAGAGCAAGAUACAAUUAAUUUACACAAUCUUGAAUCUGAGCUAUCUUUAGUGAAGGAAAGCUUGAACGUUAAAUUGAGGUCCUUAGAAGACAAACAAAAAGAGUUAGAUUAUUUUAAUGGACUUUACGGACAAAAGAAACCAGAACUGGAGUCUUCUGAACGAGAGUUGUCGGAGAUGGAAGAAUCUCAAGCUAAGCAACUUCAACAGAUCCAUAUAGUUGAAGACAAAGUCUUCGCGAACUUUUGUAAAAGAACGAAAAUUACAAAUAUUCGAUCGUAUGAAGAAUUACAAAGGUCUUUUACUCAGCAAUACUCUCAAAAGCAAAUUGAGUUUGCUAAUCAGAAGGCUUUGCUAGAAAACCGUAUAGGCUUUGAGAGACAAAGAACUUCCGAUAUUGAAGUUCGAUUAAAUAGAUUGAAAGAUUUUAUUCGCAAGGACGAGCAAUCGAUCAAGGAUUAUGAACAAAAACACGAAGCUUUGGAAACAGAAGUGGCCACGGCUGAAGCCGAAUUAGACCUACUAAGAGAGGAAUACUCCGAAACGAGAUCUAAAAAUGAUGAAGUUUUGCGAACGAUAUCACAACACAAGUUAGAAAGCAAGCGCUUCCUUGCUGAAAUUACAAAGCUUAAGAAUGAUGUGACUCUUACCGAAUCAGAAAUAGAACGCUUUGCUUCAGAUUGGCAUGCAAUUGUGAGAAAAUGUAAACUUGAAGACAUCUCCCUUCCGUUAUCUAGUGGAUCAUUAUCCAACAUUCCUAUUGAUGACUUUGGAACCGAAACUGAAACAAUGGACAUCGACAGCAGUGAUCAAAAUGUACAAGCUACUUUUAAUAAAUUUGGCAUUGAGGUAGAUUAUGAUGAGCUGGAUGAUGAGUUAAAGGAGGAUGGUUCCGAGAGUAUGGGUGCUGUACUUCAGGAAAAGUUACGUGAAUACAAUGAGGAGCUUGAAAAAAUGUCACCAAAUAUGAAAGCAAUGGAAAGAUUAGAAAUUGUCGAGCAACGGCUAUCACGAUUAGAUGAUGAGUUUGGAGAUGCCCGAAAGUCGGCGAAAGACGCCAAAGAACGAUUUAACAAAGUCAAAGAGCAGCGUCUAAAAAAAUUUUACGAGGCAUUUAAUCAUAUUUCUGAACAGAUUGACCCCAUAUAUAAGGAAUUGACGAAGAGUCCAGCUUUUCCACUUGGUGGUACCGGAUAUUUGACCCUCGACGAUUCUGAUGAGCCAUACUUGGGCGGUGUUAGAUUCCAUGCUAUGCCUCCGAUGAAGAGAUUUCGGGAUAUGGAUCAAUUAUCGGGAGGUGAGAAAACAAUGGCUGCUUUGGCUUUACUGUUCGCAAUUCAUUCAUAUCAGCCUGCACCAUUUUUCGUACUUGACGAAAUUGAUGCAGCGUUAGACCAAACCAAUGUCUCCAAAAUUGCCAAUUAUAUUCGUCAACAUGCCUCGAGCGGUUUUCAGUUUGUUGUAAUAUCUUUGAAAAAUCAGCUAUUUAGCAAAUCUGAAGCCUUAGUAGGAAUUUACCGCGAUCAGGAGCAGAACUCUUCUAAAACACUUUCUAUUAAUUUGGAAGCUUAUGCCCAAUAAUUUAUUCAUAUGUUCUUAAAACCCUUUCGCAUAUUAUAUGUUUAUGACAGCUUUUCGAGAUGAUUAUUUAUGGGAUAUGUUGCUGUAGUAUGAUUUUUACUUGCUAAGAACGAUGCAAGAUUGUAACUACUUCAUACUGUGGAGCAUAGAUGCUGCACUCUUUACCUGGUUUCUUUUAAUUAUUUUAGGGAUAAUUGGUUUUGUAAUACAUAUCUUUACUACGUACAGCAAUACGAAAGGCAAUGCUUUAUUUAAUAAGAUAUCUUUAUUAUAUAUUUUUUAUUUAACUCCAAUUCUGUUUUAUUUUGUCAAUUAAACUAAGGCCAUUUACCGUAUCC